AUGGUUAUUAUGUCUUUACAGGCAUUAUUAGCUAUUUUAAUGGUUUUCUGUGUUCGAAUUUUUCUAAUAAAUUGCUCCAUAAACGACAGAAUGUUCGAGCCCAUAAGUACUGUUAAAGUAAUUAUGGAGAAGGACAUUAAUGCUGAUAAAAUGCCGAUUAAUGAUGUGGCGGGAUGUAGCGGAAUUUUGUUCUGCUACCCCAGCAAGCUUUCUCCUAAUUCUGAAGGAAAUUGGAAACCAUCCAAGGCCUUUGAAUUAACGAAAAAAGGUGAAAGCAAACUUUGCCUCAAUUCGGAAAAGGAAGCUAAGCUCGGAAAUGUUAAAAAUAUUGAAUGGCACGGCGUAAUUGUAUUUAAAGAUGGAAAAAAUGAUGUGGAAAUAUUUGCUGAUAUUUUUCCGCAAGAGUUUGGAUUUAAAUUAAAAGUUGUUUUAAAAUUUGAGAAAAUAUUGGAGAGGAAUAUUGAGAGAGCACUGUAUUUCUUUUACGAAUUCUUCUAAAAUACUCGCUAGGACCUUUACAAAACGGCUUAAAUUAUAGACUGCAAGAUUUAGGAG